AUGGAUUGGGCAUUAUUUGGUUAUGUUGUUGCAACUUUUUUUAUUUCAAUUAUUGGAGGGCUUAUUCCAUUUCUUAUUAAACUAGUCAAAAAUAAAACUAUUGCUAUUAGAGUUAUUAAUAUUGCUUCAGUUGCUGCUUCGGGAUUAUUCCUUGGUGGUGGGAUUUAUCAUAUGUUAGCAGAAGGAUUAGAAAUGAUGGAAGAAUCAGGGUAUUCAUUUGGAGGAUAUCCUUUAGGAUGGACAUUGUUUGGUGUAACAUUCUUUUUAAUUUUCUUUGUUGACAGAGUGAUUGUUCCUCAUUCUCAUGGUUCAUUUGAAGAUAGUGAUAGUGAAGAGGAUAACUAUACUUUACUUCAUAAUGACGAACAUCAUUCUCAUCAUCAACAUACAGCAGCAGAUACAUUCCAAGAGUGGACAACAAUUGUUGUAUUAGUUGUUGCACUCUCUAUUCAUUCAUUCCUUGAAGGUCUUGGGUUGGGUUCUGCUAAUAAAUACUUAAUGAUUUUUGUUGCAAUUGCUGCACAUAAAUGGGCAGAUUCUGGACUUACUAUUAUUUAUUUGAUGAAGAAGAUCAAACAAUGGUGGGUUCUUCUAAUUAUUUUAAUUAUUUUCUCUUCAUUUACACCACUUGGAGCUAUCAUUGGAAAAUUUGUUAUUGCAUCAUUAGAUGAUGAAAGUGUUUCAUUAUUAGUUCAAGGUAUCUUCUGUUGUGUUGCUGCAGGUUCAUUCUUCUUUGUUGCUAUUGUUGAAAUAUUGUCUGAAGCAUUUGAAGAGCAUAACAAUAAAUAUGUAUUAGAUAAAUAUCUAAAAUUCGGAUUGGCUUUCAUUUUGUUUAUUCUCAUGUCAUUGACUGUACUUCUUGAAGGAGAAGAAGGUGAGUCAUCAGUAUCUGAAUAA